UACACAUCAAUCAACCCUAUUCUAAUUUGAAAAUAUUACCUUGAAAUACCGACUAAAUAAUUUAUAUGCAUUAUUUCUUUAUUUAUUAUAAUGGAAUUUACUCCAAGUUUAUCAGCAUUUCAGGGAGUCAUCAUAUCUGCCGACAGUGUACAUUCUUUUUCUAAAUUGACUUCAAGAGGAGGUAACGAAGACAAAAUACAAUAUGUUAUAGACAGUAUACGAAAUUUCUUACAAAAAGAAAAAUAUAUGGUUGAUAACAAAAUCUUAGAAGAAUCAGUGCAAAUAAUGCGCAAAUUUACUUUUUAUGUUGUUAUUAAUGCCGAUCUAACUAUAUUGGAAGAAAUGGUUGGCUUAGAUGGCAUAGAUUUUUUUAUCUGGACGAUACCAACAGUACCUAAAUGCCUCAUGUGUGAAAUAUUGUGGAGACUCCACAUGGAUACAUUUAUAUACGAAAUAUUAGUGUUCAGUUGUCCACAACUAGCCUUACAAGUGGCAGACGCUCUGAUAGAAAACUUUAAGUAUUUCAACCCAACAGAUUGCUUGCAUAAACUGAAACUUUUAAGUGCUGCUUCCUAUAGACUGUUAUGUAGGUUUGUCUUCUUUAAUUUAGAAAAUGAUGAAUUGAUACAUGCCCUAAACAAUGUGAAGAAGUGUCUCAAUUAUUUUGUGGACCCACCCAAUAAAUCGAAAUUAGAAGGCCUUAGUAAGGACGAGAUGUACAAAUUAAUCGGAAACCGUUUAUAUUUGAUGCUGUGUCUGCUAAUAGAUUGUUUUAACAAUUUUGUUACAGUACAAAAGUUAAAACCAUCUGACUUUCAAGAGAUAUAUGAAUUAACUUACAAAGAAAGUGUAAUUAAUAAGAAUCAAACAUCAAUAGCUAUAUCCGAUUGUAGUAAUAAUUCUCUGUUAGAAUGCAUAAAUAACUCUAACUUAGUUUUAUUGGAUGUGUGCGAAAAUUUAGUAAUGGGUGUUAGUGUAGAAAUAUUUUGUUCUUGGAGUGAAUUUGAAGAAAAUGGAAAAAGCAUGCAACAAACUAUUGGUGAAUUAUGUUACAAAGUUCACCAAACGCUAUGUAAAAUUGCAAGUAUUUCAGAUCACCCAGUUGUCACUAUGCUGCAACAAAUCUCAUGUAAACCAUUAGACUUAAUUGAAGUGGUAAAAAAAUCUAAUACAGAAGAUAUUGUGGAAAACAUAAAUAAGAGAGAUAAUGAAAGUGCACUGUGGGUGAAAGCGUUGUUGCAUAUAGACAAGUUGGUUGAAAAUAAAAUCCUCAUAGAGCAAAUUGCUAAUAAUUUGGAUGUUUUAAAUGAAGAUGAAUGUUUAAAAUUGUUUAAAAUUUUGCAUAGUCAUCUCAAAGCAAAUACUGAAGAUACAGAAUUUGAAAUAUUAUUAGCAGUUAUUGUAUUUCAGCGAUGUAGUAGUAGUCCAAAACAUGAAAUUGUAGAAGAGCAUUUUAAUAAUUACUUAUUCAACAACAACUUCCAAACUCCAGCGUUUAAUAAUAUGAUGAUAGAAUUUUUCAAUAAACUCAUCAUAUCACCAGACAUGGAUGCAUCAGAUGUGUUGUCUGUAUUCAUUCAAAAUCCUAGAAAGGUAUUUGCCAGAAUUUUUACUAUAGCAAGUGAAAAUACUCAACAAACUGAUAUUAUGCUUAAAGUUAUGAUAUCACUAGAAAAAUAUUCAAAGCAUUACUACAAUGAGGAAACAGAACCAUGCAUUAUUCUAGUAGCUAAAGAUAUAAUUGCCAACAAUUUAAACACUGAUGAAAAAACAAACAAUUUUAUAAAGUUUUUGAGUUGUAUUAAAACAUCAAAUGCUAUACCUGGGCCAAAGUUAUUCUUAUUAAUAAUUAUGCCAAACUUACAUAGUGCUCUCCUCAGUAAAAAUAUUGGCAGUGUUUAUAUUAAUUGCAAGCUUUUACAAGCAGCCUAUCCCCUCAAUGAAUUAAUAGAAUACAGAGCUCCAACACUAGCCAUGCUAGCUCAAGUACUUGACAUGUUGAGAUGGAAGAUCAAUACUUUUUCACUACUUGCACCUUCUACUUUGGACCUUGUUUUAAAGUUACAAACAUCACUUUUAAACACAUAUGAGGCCCUUAUUCCUGAGAAGGAAAGCAAAUGGUUAAAGAGUAAAUUAAGAAAUAUCAACCCAUUGAAUAUGUAUUACUUUAGAUGUCUUUGGAAUCCACCAGGCAAUACAUUUGUAGAAGUUAUAAGUGGAAUACGUAUACACAAAGAUAUGGACAUAGAACAUUUAACAGUUUGGCUCUCUCAGGUUAUAUGUUCAACUAUUACGCAAGAAUGGUAUCAAAUUUGGGACAGUCUAUCAGUAUUUGGAAAUGGGAAAAUUUUGGAUAUAUUUCACGAUGCUUUACUUUUACUAUCUGUAGCGGAAAAAUCAAACCAUACUGAAACUACUAAUGGAUGUCUAUUUUAUUGCUACACAAAUUUUGUUAACAUCAUAAGAGUUUUUUUCUUUCAGUAUAAAUUCAUUAAAACACCUAUAAGUGAUAAUCAAAUAACAACAAUUUUCAAUAAAUUUGCACUAAUUGAAAAUUUAAUAGAGGAAAGAGAUUUAGAAGUAUUUUCAGUAAUUUUUUUACCAUUACUUUCUUUCAUAGCCGCAAUACAGAAUGUUCCUGUUGACAUAUCACAAAUGUUAUUGAAUAAACUUAAACAUGAAGUAUUUGUUGAUAUGAUUAAUCAUCUGUUUAUUAAAGAGAAAAUCAGAAAUUAAAGCCUAAAUUUUAUCCAGUA